UUACGUACACGACACAGCAGACCUUUCUCUGUGUUUCCAACAUCUCAUUUGAAACAGUGAAGAGCUGUAAAGAAACCUAAAAAUAAUUAUCUAUCCUUCAUCGAGAAAUGGAGAAAUAAGUUCAUUAAAACGUCAUGAAUAUGUAAUCAACGGGAAAACCUUUUCUUUUUUUAUGGUGGAUCAGAAGGGAAAUAUUGUGAAUCAAAGUCGUCUGGUGGAGAUCUGCCAGCAGGUGAAGUACGACAGGGGGGUAGGAGUGGUUUAAAGACGAAGGAAAGUGCGUGAAAUUAGUCUAAUAACGUACAUAAUCAAUCGAAGAGAAUAAAGUGUUCAAAAAUCAGUACAUAAAAAAGGAAAAAAAUUUUGAAUCUUGUGAGACGUGUUGCGAAAAAAACGGUUUUUCAAGUUCCCAUCGUCACCCAUUGGGAGCUACAGUUGUUACAUUAACCUCAUCAUUAUUCAAACUCCAUUAAUUCAUCGAUAAUUUAGUUAUUCGGUGAUUGUGAAUGGAUUCAACGAGGAUAAUUGACUGAUAUAAACGAGGAAAAAAAGAAAAAAUCUGAGUGUUUAAUUGACUAGCCGACGUCAGCUGGUCUUUCGGCGUGAGAGAAUCAAGAUAGAAAUGGCGGCGCUGGUGGCAGGUGUCCAGUAUGGUUUGUCAUCGCACAACAAUUUUCACGAGAAUAAGUCUCUUAUAUUCGUUAAAUUAACUGAUUCCGCCCAACGAGCUAUCGAGGAUUUUCUCAAAAAUCGGAAUAAAACCAGUCAGAAUCCUACGAUACAAUUCUCAGGAAACGAAGGGCAAUUAUCAUUCCCAUCUUCUCAAUCAAGCCAUGGGUCUGCGGGUUUCACGUUCACCCUCUCUGGGAAUCAAGACAUGGAGGGUCCCCAGGGUAGUUUCGAGUGCAUACAGCAGGCUGGGCACAGAUCCCUGCAGAAUCUCGGAGCAUUGCCAUGCAAAAUGCGAAUACAGGCAAAUGACGAUGUGUAUGAGGCGACUAGACAUCGUAUGGCGGCGGUCGAUCAGAAUAACAAGACUAAAUGCACCAGGGUGAUAAAGGCAAGUGGUCCAGAUAUAGGGCGAAAAGUUAAAGUGAAAAGUACGGGUCGAACGAUACCACCACCACCAGCAACUUCGAGGCAUCGCGAAACAACGAGCAUUCCAAGUUCCAUGAGUCAAUCGUCUAGGCUCAUACCCUCAUCCGCAAUGCCCCGAUCUCAUGCAAUGUUCCAUUCAUCAUCGCAAGCAACUACCAAUUCCAGUUCUUCGCCCUCUUACAAGUCAAUAUCUAAUAACAAUCCUCUAACGCGUCAUCAACCUGAAAAGAAAAAUAGUGAACUUUGUAGAAGGCCAUUGAGGGAACGACUCAUCCAUGUGCUGGCAUUGAGGCCUUACAAAAAGCCGGAGCUUUAUGAUCGCCUUAAUCGAGAGGGAUUGAAGGAUCGUGAAAGAAGCGCAAUAACGAAUAUCCUAAAGCAAAUAACUAGCAUGAAGGAUAAUGCUUAUGUUCUGCAAAGGCACGUGUGGAACGACGUGCAGGAAGACUGGCCAUUUUAUACUGAGCAAGAUAGAGCGACAUUGAAAAGAAGAAAACCCCAAAAUUUGACUCCACCAGGGUCUAGCGAUUGUUCAAGUGGAAGUGGAACAUCGCCGAAUUCAACUCAUCCAGGCUCACCCCCCGCAAUAAUCGCCCCACCCCCCAACCUAAAGCGCCCAGGUUACCACCAAGGUAGCGAUGGAAUAACAACCAAACGUCUCCGAAUAUCUCACUACCGUAAACCGGAGCCAAGCAGCGUGACAGGUGGCUCAAGUGCCAAUAGAGAAAACAUAAGGACACCAAAUAUUAGUUCUGAUAAUGUGAUGAAAAAUGAGAAUGAUUGGGAUGUCCCAAGACACCAACAACGUGAACGUACCGAUAAUCGUCCUGAGAGAUCAACGAAUAGUGAAACAAAUAGUGGGAUAACGAAUAAUCAAACAAAUACCAACUACGCGAGAAAUAAGUCAUCAACAACACCAACGAGUGAUGUUGAAGAAGUCGUCAGUGCACGUUACAAUCAGGAAAUAUCAACAUCAAGUGCUGCUACAAGUAGAAAUCAAUUGCAAAGUAAUUACAAAAUGUCUGUCAGUGAUAACAGUGAUUUUAAACCAGCAACAAGUGGUAGUUAUAGAGCUAGUCCAGUUGGUAAUGGUGGUAGAAAGGAUGAUCGUGGUCGUAAUGAUAAAGAUAGGGAGCAGCGUAAAGAACGUGAACAACAUGAUAAACGUGAACAAUGUGAAAGAGAUAAUAGUGCAUCUGGUACGAAAUCCUACAACGAAUUCACUAGUGCUGGUACUCCCAGUUUAACUGUUAACAAUACCACACCCAGUUUGUCAUCACCAACUGUAACAUCUGGUGAAACGGAAGAGCCACCAACUGAUUGGGCAGCGAUCUAUCCUCCCAUCAGCACACCUGAAGAAAAAAUACGUUAUAAAGCGAUAUGGAGCAGAGAACAUCCUUAUUACAUGGAGAUGUACGAUCAAAUUGCGAAGGAAGUUACAUUAAUCCAUCGUCUGAAUGCACUUAAAGAGAAAGAGUUAGAAAAGGGGAAUAAAGAAAAAGCCAAGGCAAUUUCUCAACAAAUCCAUGCUCAAUAUUAUCACGUCAGAAGUGACCACGCGAUACGAAGAAAAAAAUACAAUGAGUUACAUGCCAAAUUAACACAAAUAAAAGAUAUGGUUGAAGACUGGGAUAUACGAUAUAUGAAUAGCGAGGAUACUGGAAAUUGCCCCUAUGAUGAUCACAUUAGAAAUGAUGAUAGAUUGAGAUACUGACAUAAACUCCAAUUACUAAUAAAACAGUAUAAGAAAUCUGAUACUUGGAAUAAUCGGUACGUCAUGGAGAUACUUGCAUUUUAAUUUGAGAUGAAAAUCCAGUGUUAUAGACGAAUGAAAUAUUUAAAAGUAAAGAGAAAGAACAAAUUUUUAUGGAUUAAAAUGAUUAUUCUUAUAGCGUCAUUCGAGAUGCCAUUAAAUUGCUAAGGAAACACGCAUGAAUAAUUAAUAAUGAAAGGAAAGGUUUCGAUGUUUCUUCAGUCUCUAAGUCUACUGGAGAAACAUACAAAGUGAAAACCGGUGACAAUCGGCAUUAAUCGAGGCGGUGAAAAUUGUUGUAAAUUCCAUCCGGUUUAUGAUGUGCCCACGAAAAAGUACUAAGCUAUCUAUAUUUGUCAAUCAUUGAGCGUCCGAGUGUAUCGUCCAUUGAAGAAAAAGUUGAGAAAAAAAAGUGCUGCAAGGCGCUGAUAUGUCCGGCAAAGUGCAUAGAAAACCACAAUGGUUCCCAUUUGAUUAAACGAAUUAAAGUGAGAAAGCUUUAAUGUGAGUUACGUAUCGUGAAGAUCUCGUGUGAAACUGAAGAGGAUUAUCCACAUUUAUCCAAUGUACUCAUCGUUAUGUUAUUUGAAAAUACUCCAUAUCAAAAGGAAUCAUCGGAGAACACAAUCUAGGAAUAAUGGUUCUACCGACUCUGCGUCUGAAUGAUUUUUUCUAUCAUUUUAUUCAUAUCUUUUCAACACGAAAAAAAAAGGAGAAAUGGAUAUAAAAACCAAAAUCAUAAAAGAAAAAAAAUAGAUAAAUGGGUCAUAUGUCGAUAUUGCAUGGUGACGCGACUGUGCCAAUAGAAAUCUUGUACAUUAAAUUGAAUUUUAAGAUAAUUAAAGGUUUAAACGAUCAUUAAUGGAGGUGAUAACAGCAGCCAAUGUCUAAUUGACAGUAAUAAUAACUUUAUAUAGGAGGAGAGGAAUAUUAACGUAUAAAAAUAAUUGUAGGAUUGAUGUAUGAAGUAUUCAAUCAGUUUGGAAUCAGUUUAUUUUAUUUUAUUACGAAUAAUUGUGGGGGGGGGGGGAUUGAUUGGACAAUUGUAAUUGUUGUACAGGAUUGAAUGAUGAUUGUUCAGUUAUUUACUUGUUAGUUGAUAUUUCCUCUCGAUAUUGCUUACCAAUCAUCGUUUUGUUCUAAUGAAAAUAUCGAUCGAAUGAUUGUUCCAAUUUAUGUGUAAUCCUUGUUUCUUUGUCCCUUUGAGUGGUUGGUUGAUAUUUCGUUAUUGCUGCAGCUUUUGUUCACUCCAAUCAAUCCGUUUCUAAUGCCAAAUUUGCAAUAAGUAAUUUGUAACUAUGAAAACAUCUUCCAAUCUUCGGAUGAAUCAUCAAAUUUUUACGAUUAACUUCAAUUAUUAAUUAUUUCAAUAUCAAUUAUUUCUACCAUUAUCAUUGUUGUGCUUUUGGUUACUGGCAAUUAGUUUCUUUGAUGAUAUUAGUUGCAUUGAAGAUUGUAGUUCUUGAGUUUGAUUCGAAAAUUUUAAUUGAUUGAAUAAUGAAGUGGUAAAGAGUAUCUAUUGAUUUUUCUCUAUGUUUCAAAUCAUUUGAAUGAUUUUCGAAGGAAAUAGCAAAAGACAUUUUUGGUGAACGGAUAGAUUCACAAGAAAAAAUAUCUUUGGAAGGAAAACAUCACGCUAAGAGAUCACAAAAAAAUCACAGAAAUAUUGAAUUGUAAAUAAUGACAUUUUGCCACUUUACUACUUCAUUGAACUACGCACAUUUUUAAAUUGUUUUUGACUUGUGUUGCUCAUCGAUUGUAUUAUUAGGUAUUGAAGUGCAAACUCAAUUGGGUUGUGCAAAGAAAAGGGAAAGUAAAUGUAAAUUCUUUGUUAGAAAUUGUUAUUGAACAAAUUUCCAAUUAUUUUCAAAAGCAAGAUGUGAAAGGUAGAAAUGAUAUUAAUAGAAGUGACCUCCUCUUUUGAACUUCAAAACGAAAAUCUUCGUGGAAAAUUGAACGAAUGUAGUAGUUAAUGAAUUCAUUUCUCCUUAGAGGAGAAAAGAAUAAAAUGUUGAUAUGUUGAUGAAAUUGUUAGCCUGUUACGAUGUGUUGUGGCACAAUGGAUGUCUCUUCUUUGUUUUUCACAUGGUAAAAUUGAUGUUUCAGAUGGCUUGAUGCUAGUGAUGUUAAUAUAUACCACAAAAUAGUACAUAGUGCGCCGGGGGAGGAAAGUAGGCCACACUGGACCACGUGUGGAUAGCCUCCUGGCCUCCCGAGGUGCACAUACUAUUUUUCGUCUCUUUUUGCGGAAAAUUCGACCAAAAAAAUGUAAAAAAUAGAGGGUUGAGGAAAAAGUUAGAGAGAACAUUAAACGAUUCAUCGAGAAUACAUAAAUGUAUAUAACGGAUUCAACAUUUAAGGCAACGCAUUUUGAAAAAUGAUAAUUCAUUGGGAAAAAUUGCCAAAACAUUGAAACAAAAUCAUUCUAGAGAAAAGAAAUAUUUCUUCAAUAAAUUAUUUUCUAUUGAAAGAACAAAAAUGAGUGGAACCGGGGUAAAACGGGAUAUUAGAAGCGAUGAGCUUUUUCUCUUAUUUGUAUUCUGUUAAUAGAAAAUAAUUUAUUCAAAAAACAUUUUGUUCCAAUAUUUGGAAAUUCUUGUCCAAUCAGUUAUGAUCUUUUUUUCCUACUCUAAAACUGUAGCGUAACGCUCAUUCCUCGAAUUUCAUUGGUCGAACAUUUGGAUCCGCCCGCACGUGAUCGACUUCGGUCGGCUUUCGGUUUUCGUGUCGCGAUUUGUCUUUAACACGCGCGCUCAAGCCCGCGAUCGUUUAGUUAAAAAGUUUGAUUUGGUUCGACUAAACCGUUCUAUCAGUGUACAAGACGAUUUCUUAAACGAAAUUUAUAUUCAUUUUUCUGUAUGAAAUACACUAGUCUUUCAAAGUGUGCAGUUUUAAAUUUGGCACCCGACGGUAUUCUCUCAUCCUCUUAAACAUAGAAAUACAAACUUUUGGGUCUGACUAUUCUCCGAAUGAUCGAAAAUUGAGGAAUCUUUCAAAAUGGGAGGCAAUCCUAAAAAAUAAAAGAAAAUAGUGGAUAGAAUGCAAUGAAAAUUUUUCGCAAUCCAAUUUUCCUUAAGAAAACCAAAAAUUAUUCAAGAGAAUUACAUUAGAAAAUAUUAAUAAGAGAAUUAUAGGGAUGGACCUAGUGCAUCCCUAGUAAGCUGGAUCAAAUCUUUCCAAUGGCUGAAUAAAAAAUUGUCGUAUUAAUGUUGAUUGAUUGCGAUGAGACAAUUUUUUUAGUCAGUAACAAAAUUGGGUCAUCGUUGAUAGAGAAUUGAGCCUGACGCGCGUGAGAAAAUUGGUAAAAUUCAAAUAUAUAAAUUUUAAUGAAAAAAAAAAACAACGUCAAGUGAGGUUGAAACUCAUAAAGAAAGAAAAUUUUGAAAACAUUCAGGAGAGAAUUCCUGCGGAGUCGCUAAAAAAUUUUGUUGAAAUUUCACUAGAUUUCUACUGGAAAUCUACUGGGAAAUCUAUUUAAUUUUUGCCAACGUCUGUUAGAAAUUCAGUAGCUUUUUCGUCCAAGUUUUAUUUAAAUAUUUAGUAGAAUAAAUCACGAGUUUUCUUUUAAAAAAAAAGGUCAACUAGAUUUAAUAGAAAAAUCAAAGUCGAUUGAUUUUCUUCUAUCACAUAUUUCCUAUUUAUUUGUAUAAAAAAACCGCUCAGCAAAUCUUCUGAAUUCUCCAGAUAAAUCUGCAAAGUACGAAUAAAAUUUCCUAUUUAAUUUUGCAAAAAGUUUCUAGCGAUUUCACUAGGUCAUCUCUUGAAUUCUUUCCAUUUAUGUGAGCGAUUUCUCUUUAAUAAAAAUUCAAGUCCUUGGGCAAGGAGGGAUCUCUAUUGCGUCUCAUAGAAUUUAAAUCUGCAUUUUUUUUCAUAUUUUCCAUAAUUUUCUCCUUUUAUUUUUGAACAGUUCCUCCAUUUUAGGCGAUCUGGUGGACAGCGGUCCCCAUUCCCAGGUCUUGAUUUCUACUCUCAGAAAAUCGAAGGUCAUCAAAAAAAAAAUCACAUAGAGCAACGGAUAACAUGAAAAAUAAUUGACAAAUGAGAGUAAUGAUUUCUAGGGAAUGAACUGCCACUUGCUUUCUGUUGAAACGAGAGCAAAGUCGAAUUUACACAUAAGAGACGAAAUAUUUUUUUCAUUCUUUUUUUCGAAUCUACGCAAUAUUUUUCAUUGUAUAAAGCGCCGAUGUCGAAUUUUUAAGAUGUUACUAUUGUUAUAAUUCGCCAAAAGAUCUGUCUUGAAAAAUUUGACCUAAGCAAUAGUCAUUACACAUUAGUAUUGAAUAGGCCGGAGAUGGUCCAAAAUCGAGUCGUGUAACAUUUUUCAGAUAUCUUUGGUAGAAAAAAGUUCAGAGGCAAAUGUUAAACGGGAUUGCACAAUCUUCAAGCGCGGCUUCCAAACGUUUUUGCAUGAGCUGAAUAAUUUCUGAAAUAUGCGCGUAAUCAUUAGUAGAUGAAUUUUAAUUCUUAUCCAUUGUCAAUUAUGAAAUUAUUUGACUAAUGAGUGAUGUGAGGAGAGAAUGCCGGAAGAUUUCUAUUUGUUGAAAAUUCCAUUCGAAAUUUUGUGAACUCAUCUCCUUUCACAUUUUGCGACGCUCUUUGAUUCAGCAAAAAUGGCUAAAGCAUUAUUCCUUCAAUUUUUGAAAGAAUUAGAAACACGCUGAUUUGAUAAAUUUAUCAUCAUUUUUUGAAAAUUCACAUUGAAAAUCGUGAAUUUUUUUGUAGAAAAUAAUAGUUGAUGGAACUUUCAAGUGCCAAUUAUAAUGAAAGCAAGACUAACGAUACAACCAUAUUAUACAUAUUAUAUUGGGUAACAAUUAUAUCUAAUUGAUUAAAGUCAGAUGGCAAGGAAUCAAUCAAAUAAGUUGAGAAAACACAUAUUGAUAAAAAUAAGAGAAUCUGGGUAACAAUAAUUGGCAAUGAAGAGUGAGUCGUGCACAAAGUGCCUCAGGUUCACCCGAUGAAAGAAAAACGAGAAUGAAUAGCAUGAAAUAGAAAAUAUUUACUCAAUUGGAGGAGGCAAAGUAGAAAAAAUUUCUAUGUUCUGAUUCUGGAGUUGAACGUUACCAUAAAUAAAUAUGUAAAAAGACGAAUAACCUUGUUUACUAUAAAGAAAAAUAUGAGACUCUUAUGAACAUUCGAGUCGAAGAAAAAAAUAAUAAUAUAAUAAGUUGAAGCGUGAAAGAACCGUUAACAUUAAAAGUAUGAAUGAAAAUUUAAUUUUUCUUCUGUGAUUGGAUGAGAAAAAAUCUUGAUCAAUUUUCACCAAGUACAUUAAUUAUUGGUAUAAGGCAUGAUAAAAGUUUCGUCCUUCGAUAAUCAAACAUCCUGUCCAGUUUUACACUUUUUAAAAAUGAGAAUAACAACUCAACAAAAUGUCUAGUUUCCACGUGUAAUCUACUUCAGCACUUUUGCUGACAAUACAAAUGUACAUAGGCAGCCUCAUUCAUGAUGAUGUAAAUAUUCUGCAUCUGAGGGAGUCAGUGUACUAAAGUUAAUAUUUAAAAAAAUAUAUAAACUUGAAUAGAAUCAUUUUUCAGGUUUUAAAAUUCUUAAAAAUGAUUUUAGACUGAAAUGUAAUUUUCUAGUUGAUGGGCAAUUGAUAUAUUGAGUCCCUUUUGCAUUUUCCUUUUCGCCAAACUUGAAUAUAACGCAAAUAUCAGUGAAAGAAGAAAAAAAUCAAUUAUUAUCGAAAAUAUCAUAUCGAAUAGAAAAUUCUAGAUAUUUUCAAAUUUCAGUGUUGUUUAAUUUUGACUCAAAUAUACACAUCACUGAAGUUUCAAUACUGAUAAUAAACUAGCAGAAGAAAGAGAAGAAUCAUAUUCGUUAACUGUAUUAAAUAAUUCUUUUUGACUGUGAUGAUAUUAUAAUUAAAGUACCAGAAUUGAUUUCUCUUCUCAAAUGUUAUGAGAUUGCUAUAGCAGUUUCAAAGGACUUUCUUUCUUAUUCAAAAAUGAAUUUUCGAGGCUCACAUUCAUUUGAAAGAUCAGGCACUAAAUGAUUACUUAAUUGAAAAAAUUCUCAUAUAUAUUCCCCUAUCAAACUCCAUUCAUUGUGUAAUUAGGUAACGAGAAUCUUGCUAUGUAGUCGGUUCGGGACAGAAUAGCACCAGACCUCCUUUUGUAAACCAUGGGAUUACAAAAAUGUCUCAAGACAUUUUCCCCAAAACCCCUUUCUCACAAAAAUGUUUCCAAAAUGACUAUCAACUCUGCCAACUCCUUGAAUCAUUGAACGAAUGUCAAACAUUAUUCUUUGAAUACUGACUUCGAGUUGUGAUUAUCUUCAAUUUUCCCAUUCAUCGAUUAAUCACUUAUAAUUUCUGAAAAACUCAUUUCAAUAAAUUCAUUUCCCAUGCUCCCCUCUCAAAAAAAUAUACCGUAUGUGUCACUGUUUCAUAAUUCAUAACGAAGAAAAAUGAGAAAACAUCAAGCAAGAUUAACUCUAGUUGUAAUUCUAAAGGAAAAUGAUUUCAGAAACAAUACAAAGGUACUUUCAUGGAUAACUAAUAAUCUGAUUAGAAAAAAAAGCCAUUGGCCUAGUAUCAGCGUGAAGGCCAAGUUACUGGUCCCCAUUGAUUAUUCAUUAAUUAUUAUUUUGUUGUGUGUUAUUAUUUGAUUUAAUUGUUAAUGCGAUAUAAUGGAAAACGUUGAUGAAAGAUGAAAAUAAUUACAAUGUGUAGAUAAACAACAAAAACACCCUCCUCCCUUUCUCCAGAAAGAAAAAAAAACUGAAAUAAUCUUUUAAUGACGACGACUGCAUUGCUCCCCUGACAAAGGCUCGUAUAUCCAUUAUAUAUAGUUAUAUUUGUAAUUAUUAUCUAUAUUAAUAUUCAUUACCUAAAGCAAACAAUGAAAUGAACAAAAAAAUUUAAUAAAAAGAAAAAUUAAAUUAAAAAAACGGAUGUAGCUGAUAUAUAUUUUUUUAAAUGAAAUGAAGAUGAAUGGGGACUUCAAAUAUUCUUGGAUAAUGUAAUCGAAGAAUUGCUGUAAUUAUCGAUAAUUGUAUUUCUAUGCAUUCGGAUUUCAUUGCGAAAAAUUCCGCUGAAUGGGCUGUCUCGAUUGCUACAAUUUAAAGAAUUAUUUCAGUGUAUUAAUUGAAAGUAAAAAUGUUUCUUUCUGUCACAUCAUAAUAAAGCUGUGAUAAUUACCAAUCACAAAUGAUUGAUGGGAACAAUUGUCAUUUCUUCUUAAUUAAAGUGGUAAAACUUAAUAGACGGAAUACGUUGAUUAUUCAUAUUCGAUAUUGGUAGAAUUAAAAUCAUUCUGGUACUAGGAACAAAAAGUCAAUUAAAUUCAUUAGUUGAAAAUUCUUCAAGGCUAAAAGCUAAAAUAACAGCUAAAAAUUUUUCUCAGCAUAAAUUAUCCCAAGUGAGUGCACAACCAACAGAAGAAUAAAAUUUGCCAUUUUACUACUUUACUAGAGAAUCAAUAACAAUGAGAAACAAGAACAACAGAUGAUCACGUAAAAUGAACGAACUAUUUAGUGGAAUAAAUGUAAUAUUUCUCACCACUUACGCCAAGCUUUAUAAAUCGUUUAAGGCCCAUUGUAAAUAAUAUUAUUAAUGAAAGCCUUCAAACAUUUUUUGUGCAGAUUGGUGCACAAUUAUGGAAAAUAUGUAGGAAAUAAUGAGAGUUCGAGGGCAGUGCCAAUUAAUAAAUCAUUAAUAAUGAAUUCGUAGCAAUUGAUGGCUUCAUAUGAACAUUAUAUCAGAAAAACAUUCAAUUCGAUCCCGAUUAUAUUUCUAAAGAAUGUUUAAAGUCCCUCUCAAAUGCUUCUUCUGUUUCUAUCCGAAUUUGUUUGUGCAUUCUUAUUAAUUGAAAGUUUGUUCGAACCAAGAGGGAAAAGUAUGAAGUGGAUGGACAAAGGUUCAUACCUCCUUGGAUUAAUAUAUUUAUGUUACUAGGCCGGAUAAAUCACGAUUCUAACUUCGCUUCACUCGACUAGAUCGCGAUUUUCGGGCCCGUAAUAUAAAUAGUUAACAUCACACGGCCCACAAAGUAUUUUCUGACGAAUGUGGUGGUAAUCCUCGCCUUCAGCUGGAAUUAUAAAUUCACAUUCGUCAGAAAAUACUGUAAUAAUGAUGAAUUUUACCAUCAUUUGAGAUUCUGUUCGAUUUGUCUAAUCAUGUGGGAAGUGGAGGAUGUGAAAAAUGUGUUGAAAAGAGUUUAAACGGACAAAGAAAUUGUUCCUCUCUAAUUUGUUAACAAAGAAUUGAUUUUAUUCGCAAUUCGAUGGGAAAUCAUUCAAUAAUAGCGAGAAUUCGAAGAAGGGAUUUCAAUGGAUUUAUAGAAUAUUAAAAAUUAUUUCUUGAUUCAAUUUAAUUCUUUGAUUUUUGUUGUGAGUAAAAGUUAUUAGGUGGUGAGUUAUCAUGUUAAGGAAACUGGUAAUUCAUUGAUAGUCCAAACUAAGUCUGUAAUCUAUCUUGACAAUAUUGUUUCUGAAACUAACAAGUUUUAGAGAUCAAUGUCAGAAGCCCAUUUCCCAGUGGGCUGGGAAUGUCACCAAAUUUUCCACAAACAAUUUCGAGCAUAUAGCUCAAGUUUUAACACUUGAGUGGAUUAUGUUUUAUGAAGUUAUCAUUUAUUUAUUCUUCAAUGAAUUUUCAUUUGUUCUCGAUGUUCAUUCAAGAGAAAUUGAGAGGAGAAGCCUAGUUUUCUUUCGUUUAAGCUCUUGUGAGGGAUGCAAUGAAACAUAAUAACAUCACAAAUGCGAUAUAAUUUGAUAAGAGUACGAAACAAUUCGUUACCAAUUGUUCAUCAUUCCCUACGUACACGAUUUUGGGCAGAAAAUUAGAAUUUUUUCAUGCCAGGAGGUAGCAUGACGAAUUGAUGCAGUUAUAAACGAAAUUGAUAUUUGGAAAAUUCAAAUCUUCAGAUUUUUUAAGAGUCGAAACGACGAAAUGGAUUUGGACAGAGUCUGCCCAAAUGGAGAAGUUUAAGAGAAAUAAAAAAACAGUAAGAAUACAUGUUAAAACUUGCCAAGCGCAUUGCACAAUGCACUAUGAAGACGGAUAACGCUGAGUAAAAGCCGAAAAAUAUAAAUAGACCGAUAAAUUACGGAAUCAACCGGAUAUACGCUGAAAAAAAUUUCACAAUAUAUUGAUGUAUAUAUUUUAAGUUUGUAUUAUAAAUAUGUCUCCAACUUAAUUUGUAUGAAAUGGAGAAUAUAAUUAAAAUGAUCAAUGAAGAAA